GGAGGUGACCGUAAACUGCUCUGGAAAUUAAUCUUGCAGUCUACAUACACUAAUAUCUAAUAUCAUAUCGUAGAUAGACGAACACAUCUAUUAGAAGGAAAAGCCACUUGUUUCUUUGCUGCAGUUUUGUUUGCCACUUGUUUCUUUGCUGCAGGUCAAAGGAAAAAUCUACUUGAGUUAUUUUUAAUCAUAGUUGUGAAUCUGAAGGACCCAGAAACAGACCAACAACUGGAUCCAAAAGGGGCUGCCUGCCUUGGAAGUUAUUCAAUUUAUUGGGACCGGUCCCGUUAUGUUUGUUUAGCCUCCAAACCAAAGGUAUAGUUUACUCUAGCAGUUCUGUAAUUUUACACAAUUACUAUACGCUCUCAAAUAAUUGUUAACAAAAUCCAGGAUCCCUUUUUGGUCUCUUUGACAGAGACGGCUGCAGAUGUCUGGUGCGAAUUACAACACAGAAGUAACCCGACACGCACAUGGCAAGAUUUUUUCCUAGCUGCAGAAAUUCAGCAAUAGUCCAGGACCUCAGCCCACCGACAUGAUCUUGUAUUCUUGAUGAGAAUCUCAUUCCCCUGCAGAUCCGCUUCUACCACUACACACAGUCUUCCUUUACUUUCAAACGAAACCGAUUUCCAGAGUCGAACUGAGGACAAAGAAGAUCGACUUUGCUCUGCUUACUGCUGCCGUACAACAGGCACGCCGCGCCACUUACUGUUGUUUCCCUACUUUAACUACCGCCGCAGCCUCGGUGAGGCCCGCCGCUCUUGUCAACAAACUACAUUUCCCAGAAUGCAAGGAGCCAAUCCGCACAUGCUCCUUUCCUGCGCCCUUUGCCCGGCUUCUUUCCCACUUGCCCUUUGCUCUGGCUAGGAAGGGUCUGUGGAGGAGUUUGCUAAAGUAGCAGCAUGUCUGCUCCGCUGAGAUUUGACGGGCGGGUCGUGCUGGUGACUGGUGCUGGGGGAGGCCUGGGCAAAGCGUAUGCACUGGCUUUUGCUGAAAGAGGAGCUUCUGUGGUUGUAAAUGAUCUUGGAGGUGACUUCAAGGGACAUGGAAAGAGCUCUUCUGCUGCUGACAAAGUCGUUGAAGAAAUAAGAGCAAAAGGUGGAAAAGCCGUCGCUAACUAUGACUCAGUGGAAGCUGGUGACAAGCUUGUGCAGACAGCACUAGAUGCUUUUGGGAGAAUAGAUAUCCUUAUCAAUAAUGCUGGUAUACUGAGGGACCGUUCAUUUACUAGGAUAAGUGAUGAAGACUGGGAUAUAAUUCAUAAAGUUCAUCUGAAGGGAUCCUUCCUGGUAACUCGAGCUGCAUGGAACCAUAUGAAAAAUCAGAACUUUGGAAGGAUAAUUAUGACUUCCUCAGCUGCUGGAAUAUAUGGCAACUUUGGUCAGGCAAACUACAGUGCUGCCAAACUUGGUCUUCUGGGUCUUGCAAACACGCUUUCCGUUGAAGGCAGGAAGUACAAUAUCCAUUGUAACACAAUUGCUCCUACUGCAGGAUCUAGGCUGACUCAGACUGUUAUGCCUCAGGAAAUGCUAGAUGCUUUCAAACCAGACUAUGUGGCUCCCUUGGUCCUCUGGCUUUGCCAUGAAAGUUGCCAAGAGAAUGGUGGACUAUUUGAGGUUGGAGCCGGAUGGAUUGGAAAAUUGCGCUGGGAACGAUCCCUAGGAGCUAUUGUCAGACAGAAGAACUUUCCAAUGACACCAGAGGCUGUGCAAAAUAAAUGGGAAAAGAUCUGUGACUUCAACGAUGCCAACAAACCUCGGACUAUUCAAGAGUCAGUCAGCAUACUACAUGAUGUGCUCAGUCAAAUAGAAUCUCAAGAUGUCUCCCUGAAUCCUACAAGCUACAGUGCAUCAGCAUCUUCCCUAGGCUUUGACCCUGCAAAGGCUAUUGGCCAGAAACUACCUUCAUCUGCAUAUGAUUACACUCAUUUACAACCCAUAUUGUAUGCACUUGGUGUGGGUAUGUCAACAAAAGAUCCAGACCACCAGAAAUUCCUGUUUGAAGGAAGUGAAGGGUUUUGCUGUCUCCCUACUUUUGGGGUUAUACCAGCUCAGUCCUCUAUGUUUAGUGGUGGACUGUCCAGCAUUCCAGGGCUCAAUAUUGAUUUUACAAAGGUGUUACAUGGUGAGCAAUAUCUGGAGUUGUAUAAACCAUUGCCGACGUCAGGAACACUAACUUCAGAAACUUCAAUUGCUGACAUCCUUGAUAAAGGCUCAGGAGCAGUUAUACUCUUAGAUGUUAACACCUACUCUGGAAAGGACCUCGUGUGCUAUAAUCAGUUCUCUGUCUUUGUUGUGGGAGCUGGAGGCUUUGGUGGCAGACGAUCAUCGGAGAAAGCCAAGGUCACGCUCAAUCCACCUAAGAGACCACCAGAUGCUGUUCUUAGUGACGUUACAACAGUAGAUCAGGCUGCUUUGUAUCGGCUAAGUGGGGAUUGGAAUCCUUUACAUAUUGAACCUGGUUUUGCUGCCCUUGGAGGAUUUCAGAAGCCCAUAUUGCAUGGACUCUGUUCGUUUGGAUUUGCUGCCAGGCAUGUCUUGAAACAUUUUGCAAAUAAUGAUGUGUCCAAGUUCAAGGCAAUUAAGGUUCGUUUUGCAAAACCAGUUUUCCCAGGACAAACUUUGCAAACUGAGAUGUGGAAAGAAGGAAAAAGGAUUCAUAUCCAGACCAAGGUCAAAGAGACUGGGGAGGUAGCCAUUGCAGGAGCAUAUGUGGAUCUGAUUUCAUCCUCUGACCAACCUUCAGCUAAUGAACCUUCAGCUGAGGCACCAGAGUUGCUGAGUGACCUUGUGUUUGAAGAAAUUGGUCGUCGUAUCAAAGAGUCUGGAAAUGAACUGGUGAAAAAAGUAAAGGCUGUUUUUCAGUGGAACAUCACAAAGGACAAAAUGACUGCAGUGCAGUGGACCAUUGAUUUAAAGAAUGGGUCUGGAGCAUUGUACAGAGGACCUGCCCGGGGUAAAGCUGACACCACUUUCACCCUUUCUGAUGAAAUCUUCAUGGAUUUGGUGCUUGGCAAAAUCAAUCCACAAAAGGCAUUCCUCUCUGGUAAGCUAAAAGUUAAAGGAAACAUCAUGCUGAGCCAGAAACUGGAGACGAUUCUCAAAGACUAUGCAAAGCUGUGAAUUCCCUACUGGACUGAGUUAGUAGAGGAAGGGGGGAAAGAAACCUUUUACAGAUGACAGCCUGGGAUCUUAUGCAAAUCCUGUGUUAGACAACUUUUAAUAGACUUCAUUGCUAAUACGCAAGCUGCCUUGUUUCUUGCAAAUUCAGAUAGCUGGUGUGUAUUAACGGGUUAACAUGGUCUCUCUUCUACAUUGCAGGCCUUUAUACUUCCUUACACUUGUUCCCUCAGACCUUCUUCCAGUUAAAACAUAUGUAGUUAAUAUAUUUCUGUAUCAAAUCUAAAACAUAAUUGAAUAAAAGAUACUUUGAUACCA